AUGGAGGACCCGGAGGCGAGGAAGAGACGUAACGAGAUGCAGAACAAGAGAAGGGCAGACCCAGAGUUGAGAAAGAAGUACGCCGAGCAGCAGAGAGAGAGAAGGAGGAAGAAGGAGGACCCAGAGAAGAUAAAGAAGGCAAAGGAGAAGCAGAAAGAGCGUUACAACAGAAAGAAGUUGGAAGAGGACCCGGAGGCGAGGAAGCGGCGCCUCGAGAAACAAGCGGAGUACAAGAGAAAGAAAAGGGAGGACCCAGAGCGGAGGGAGAAGGAUCUCGAAAAGCGGAGGGCAGCCGAUAAGCGGAGGAGGGAAGCCAAGAAGCAAACAGUGGAUGAAGAAGAGGCAUGA